GGAGCUCCUAACACCAAAACAAACCUUGGGUCGCAGCAGUCCCGUCAACAACCGAGCACGAAGGGGAGUCAUCCAAGCGAUUCUCACCACCUCCGCCGAACUACCCGUCUGGAACCCGUCCAGAACCUGUCCGGAAGACAGGCCGCCUCAAUGCAUCACAGAGGAGCGAGAACCCCGCGGCGAUCAUGGACGUGCACGACCUGUUCAACAGCUGCAGAAAGGGCGAUGUUGGUAGAGUCAGAUACCUUGUUGAACAGAGAGAUGUGGACCUCAAUGUAAGAGAUAAAUGGGACAGCACCCCGUUGUAUUAUGCCUGUCUCUGUGGUCAUGAGGAGUUGGUCCAGUACAUGUUGGCGAGUGGUGCCAAGUGUGAAGCCAACACGUUUGAUGGUGAGAGGUGUUUGUACGGCUCCCUGAGUGACUCCAUUCGACGUCUGCUCAAAGAAUACAAGUGUGUCAGCGUGAGAGCCAUGCAGCGGGAUGACUUUAACUACUUCCUGCACCUAUUAUUAGAGCAGGGUCAGCACAGUGACGUUAAGUUCCUGGUUCACGGACAAACAUUUCUGGCCCAUCGGUGUAUUCUCAGCGCACGGUCAGAGUACUUCACUGAGAUGUUUGAGUCCAAAUGGAGAGGGAAGCACCUGAUCACUCUCAAACACCCUCUGAUCAACUCUGCAGCCUUUGGAGCCAUUCUGCAAUAUAUCUAUACAGGACGAAUGGAUAUUGAUAUAAGUCUCGUGGAGGACAGCAGGCGCCUUGCGAAGCAGUGUAAAAUGGCUGAUCUCAUAGAAGACCUGGAGAAUAAAUGCAAGCAGGUGUAUGAAUAUGUGUCGAACAAGCCGGGGAUCUGUGUGAAAGUGCUGAGCUUGGAGCCGAACAGCGGUCAGCUGCAGGAGGACAUGGCCCAGUUAGCAGACUGUGCGCUUCCUAUUGAACUGAGAGUUGGGUUUGGUGAGCUCCCCUUCAACCGAGUCGAUCGCUUCCCAACGUAUCCCGACAUCUGCUUCAGAGUGGAUGGAUCCGACUUCCUGUGUCAUAAGGCAUUUUUCUGCGGACGCAGUGAUUACUUUAAAGCCCUACUGGAGGACCACUUCAGCGAGGGCCAGCAGCUGCAGUCGCAGCCCAGCACCCCAGUGAUCACUUUGCACAACAUCUCCCAUGAAAUCUUCACCCACGUCAUGUAUUACAUCUACACUGACUACACGGAGCUCACAGCCGACAGUGUGUUGGACGUGCUGUGUAUGGCCGACAUGUACCUGCUGCCGGGGCUCAAGCGCCUGUGCGGGAAGACGCUGGCUAACACCAUCUGUGAGGACAACGUGCUGCGCUUGUGGAGGAUGGCUAAGCUCUUCUGCCUGUCUCGGCUGGAGGAUCAGUGCACGGAGUUCAUGGCCAAGAUCAUCGAACUGCUGGUGGAGCAGCCCGAGUUCGCCGAGAUGGUCAAAGAGGACGCGGCGUCGCUGGAGGAGCGGCAGGAGACGGACUCCGUCCCCCUGGUAGACGACAUCCGGUACCACAUCACCAGCAACGUGCAGACGUUCAGCGCCAUCGAGGAGGCCAAUCAGAAGCUGGAGGCCCUGGAAGAGCUGCUGUCCAGCGUUAAUAUUGACUGCUGAGGGGUCUGCAGGUUUGGAGUUCACUGCUUCCAGGGGGGGGGGAUUGCAAACUGACGUGGUAAAAAAAAAAAAAAAAAAAAAAAUCUAUAGCAGACGAAGAGGAAAACAUUUGGUGUGUUAUUUUUAUUUUAUUUUUUGCACAGAAUAUUUGUGUGAAGAAUGCUUGUUCUGGUGUUGGCAUGUUUUUGAAAGCUUUCCCUUUCAAAUUUCAGGUUUCUUCAAAUGGGACAGAGAUGUGUUGAACGUGGUUGCAUGAAUCUGAAAAAAGUUGUACAAUUCACUGUGUGCAUUUCCAAUUAAUUUAUUUAGAAGUCCCCCUCUCGACUUUAGAUCAGCUGAUUGUUUACCUCUGUAAAAGUGAAGCUCAGCCCCAACAAAGUUGAUAAAUAGUUCACAUGAAAUUGUAUUUUUAUUUUGAUUUUAGUCGACCCAAGUCAUGAUGUAGGACUUAUUUUGUAUCUGCUAAAACAUAGUUUUAUCAUGUGUUUCAUAUAUGGCAGCACUUAAGACUGAUUGGUCUCUGCAGCUUUUCGGCAGCACUGGGCUGCACCAGGCUGAUGUGCAGUAGCUGUCCUCACUGUUACUGUGAUGUCCCUCCAGAGCCAAUGCUCUACGGCAGCCCGCUAACCAACCAUGCUCUUUGUCUCACUCUGAAUACACGAAUCUCAGUUUGCAGUUAAUCUUUCCUGCCUCGUGUCUGUUAUAAAGAUAUAGGUGAUGUUUUCGCCCUGCUGCUGGGAUGGAUGAUCUUUUGCUCUUAGUUUUACCCAUUAAAGGUGGUAUUGUAACCUUCA